CGGCGGCGAGGGCCAAGACGGCAAUCUCCUAGGCAACGCGCAUAAACAAGAUGUCGGCCUACGAGAAAAGUCCCUCGAAGGGGAAAGCGCCCUCUCUCCAGGGAGGCUUGGGAGCCUCCCGAGCUGUAAUCCAGGCAAUACUGUCGCUCGCAGCAAAACAUCGUCGGACACAAUGGCCUGUUUUUCCCAUGGGACAGAGAACGAAAGGGACUUUCAAAAGCGCCUCCUCCUACCUCCUCCAACAGCUCAUCCACCGCUCCCGCUCUCCGGAUGCAGAAGUGGAGGCGCACCAUCAGAACGAAGAGGAAUCCGAAGAGUCCGAGGAAUCCGAAACGAUGAAUUUGGAGGAGGAGUUUGAUGGGAUCCUGAGAGAGGAGGCCGUGGCUGAGGCACUGGAUGAACUGGGAUGGUCAGGCCCUGGGACGGAGCAGGUCUACCUCAACCUGAAUUUAUCACACUGUGACUUAACUGACAUCAGCAUCCUGCGUGACUAUAUUCACCUACAGAAGCUGAAUCUUUCGGGAAACAAAAUCGAAGAUCUGUCUUGUGUGAGCUGCAUGCCAUAUCUUCUAGAACUAAAUGCUUCUCAGAACAAGCUGACUACCUUCUUCAAUUUCAAACCACCCCAAAAUCUCAAGAAGGUGGAUUUUUCCUCCAACCAAAUUUUUGAAAUGUGUGACCUGUCGGCGUACAACACUCUCACUCAACUGAUUUUGGACAACAACGAGAUAAAAGAAAUCAAUGGGCUAGAGAAUUGCAUCAGCCUGACCCACCUUAGUCUGGCUGGCAACAAGAUCACCACAAUUAACGGCUUAGGAACAUUACCCAUCAAAGUGCUUUGUCUGCGCAACAACCAGAUCGAGGCCAUCAUGGGUCUGGAGGAACUGAAAGCCUUGCAGAAGGUGGAUCUGUCCUACAAUCAGAUCAGUAGCCUCCAGGGUUUGGAGAACCACGACCUCCUGGAAGUGAUCAACCUCGAGGAUAACAAGAUUGAGGAGCUGAGCGAAAUAGAAUACAUUGAAAAUCUUCCUAUCCUUCGAGUUCUCAAUCUACUAAAGAAUCCAAUUCAGAACAAAUCUGAAUACUGGCACUUCGUAAUAUUUAUGCUGCUGCGACUGACAGAAUUAGAUCAGCAGAAGAUUAAAGUGGAAGAAAAGGUUUCUGCAGUGAAUAAAUAUGACCCUCCUCCUGAAGUGGUUGCUGUCCGAGAUCACAUGACCCAUGUUGUCAACAGCAUGUCGCAGCCACAAAGGAUCUUUGACAGCACCCUGCCAAGUCUGGAUGCCCCUUAUCCCAUGCUGAUCCUAACUGGUCCCGCAGCUUGUGGGAAACGAGAACUCGCCCACCGCCUCUGCAGACAGUUUAACACUUACUUCAGAUACGGGGCCUGUCACACCACGAGACCGCCUUACUUUGGUGAAGGGGACCGAGUUGAUUACCACUUUAUCUCUCAAGAAGUUUUUGAUGAAAUGCUGAACAUGGGUAAAUUUAUUCUAACAUUUAAUUACGGUAAUCACAAUUAUGGAUUAAACAGGGACACUGUAGAAGGUAUUGCAAGAGACGGAUUAGCAAGCUGCAUUCAUAUGGAAAUAGAAGGUGUAAGAAGUUUGAAGUAUUCCUAUUUCGAGCCUCGAUAUAUCUUGGUGGUGCCCAUGGACAAGGAAAAAUAUGAGGGAUAUUUGCGGAGGAAGGGAUUAUUUAGUCGAGCAGAAAUUGAAUUCGCUGUCUCCAGGGUGGACGUUUAUGUUAAAAUUAAUCGGAAAUUUCCAGGAUAUUUCGAUGCAGUAAUCAAUGCAGAUGAUCUGGACAUUGCCUACAAAAAGCUAAGUGAUCUCAUUCGAGAAUACCUGGGAUUGACUGAGGAAGCUACUAAGGGCUUGGCUCCAGCUGCAGGCGCUCCCUCUAGCAAGAAGACCAUCUCUGGGGUCCCAGCACACCUGGUCCCCUCCCCCAGGCGCUUGGCAAGACUGCAGGCAGAUGGCCAAAAACCAGAGGCUCUCCCAGAAGUGCAGACUCAUGAGAAGACCUCUGAUAGUCAGAACUCAGCUCUUCCACAGAGCCAAGAGUUAACUGAGGAGGGAGAACACCCUAAGAAGGAUCCUUCUUCCAGCAGCCACCCUGCUCCACCUCAGCAGGUCAGUUCUUCAACACUUGAUAUUCCUCAGCAAGACCAAGACACAUCACCAAAGGUGAAGGAAGGGGAUGGUCAACCAGCCAACCUCCCUCCCAAAAUAACCACUGAGAUGGACGGCCCCGAAGAUGAGCAUGAGCCACUUGAACUAAAAGCUGGACAGUCUUCUACUAUUGCAGCUCAAGAACCCCCUCAGCAUCCUGGCCCCCCUCCCCCACACAGCCCUCAGCCAGACCAGGAUAAGGAACCUGGAGAGAUCAAAGGAGCCCCUAGCAACCCACCCCCAACUGAACCCUCACAGGUACCUGACCCAGCUUCCCUCAGUCCUCAGAGAGUGCAGGAUGAGGGAACUGAGCCAGCCAACCCUGCACCCAGCAGUUCCCCUCACAAUCUUCCAGAAGAUCCCUCCACCUCUGAUGUAGUGAAGCCUGCUGGGGGUUCUCAACCACCUCUGAAGGAGGGAACCCCCAAAGCGGUUGUCCGUGCCAGUACUCCUUACCCAGAAAUUCCACCUCCCCAAGACUCAUCCACAAACUCAAAACAUACCCAGAUCAGGGAGCAGCCAGUGGCCUUGCUGCCUAAAAGUCGGCUAGCUCCUACCAGGUUACCCCAGCCCCAAACCCUGGCUCCUCUCCAGAGCAGGAGACCCACACCCAAGCUUCUUUCUCCCAGUAGGGAAGAGGCUUUGGGGACAAGCUCAGAUCAGACCCCAACUCCUUCUCCCAGGUCUCUCCCAACUCAGGAUGGAGACCCCAAUAAACUUCCUCCCAUCAGCCCUCCCCAGUCCAAAGCACCCCCAAACCCAAGCCCCCAGGCAGCCCAUAGUCCACAGCAAGCCCAUGAUGGAAAAGCCAGCGAGGUGAAGCUCCCACUUAUUAGCCCCCCGAUCCAGGAACAAGCCCAGCAGCACUCCACCAACCCUCCCCAGGAAGAGGAGGCAUCCACAGUCCGGCUCCCUCAUAUUCCUGCUCCCUCUGUGGAACCUCAGCUGCCUCAGAACACUAGGCCAAGGCCUGCUUCGAAGCCUGCAAAAGAAAGGAAAACUCCCAAAGUAGGCCAUGCCUCCAGCAAGAAGAUUCCAGAUCCACAGCUGUCACCUCACAGGCAAGAGGCUGCUAAGCAGAAGGAUGCUAGGAAAAAAAAACUCAGGCUGAGAGAGACAGCUAAAGGGUCGCCAUACCCAAGAAAGACGCCAGGUGUAAAGUCUCAGACAACCCAGCAGUCGGAAUCCCAUAGCAAGACAACUCCUAGGAAUGUGUCUGACCCGCUUGACUCCAGGUCCCCUCUGAGCCACACUGAAGCAGUAUCAACAGACCCCCAGAACCAGGAGGACAAAAACCGCAAAGCACACAAUUCCAGAAAGAAGGACCUGGCUCAGUCUGUAGGUGCGUCCCAAAAUGGAGAAAUGUUAGAAGGAUUAGCUCAAGAAAACGAAACAGCCCUCAGUGAGAAUCAACCAACCCAAGAAGCUCAGCCCCUGGGGGUGCAUCCUGGGGGGAGAGAGGAGGCUCACAAAAAGGAAAGGUCUCAGAAGAGAGAGGUUGUGGGGAAGCCUUCAGGGCAGGAGGUUGCAGCCCCUAGCCAGCUGCGGGCCAAAGAGACACAAACCCAUAAAGACACCAGUCAGAUCAGACAGGGCUACGCCCAGAGGCACAACAUACUUAUGUCUAAGCAGCAAUCCAAAGAAAAACGAACUCGGAAAAAUGGGGAUGUACCACAGAACAGAAGCCCUACUGCUCCCCAGAAUCAGGUGUCAGAGGAGGAGCAGGGUGGCCGGACAGGAAGACUGCGAGCCAGGGGCAGCCAGAGCAUCAAAGUAUGA